GCCUAUUAAAAGCAGAUGCAGAACCACCCUUUUCACCCCUACCCAAAUCAACUUCCACGGUCUCUCUCGUCCUCUGAGCUACUAACCAGAGCAAACCAAGGGGGUGAAACCAUGUUGGAGACCUUCUUGGAAACCCUAAUCCCGCAUCAAAAGUUUUACAACGGAGUUCAAUUCCCUUUAGUUCUCUCGCCGAACCCCAGAAAUCCCUUCCCUCUCGCUCUUCUGACCCAAGCCGUCAGAAACGAGAAACCGCUACUCGACUCUUUGCUCCGCAACUCCGGCGCUUUACUCUUCAGGGGAUUCCCGGUGAAAACAGCCUCAGACUUCAACGAAUUCGUUGAGGCCUUUGGCUUCGAGGAGCUUCCCUACGUGGGGGGAGCCGCCCCUCGUACCAACGUCGUGGGUCGGGUUUUCACGGCUAAUGAGUCCCCUCCGGACCAGAAGAUUCCUUUUCACCACGAAAUGGCUCAGGUUCCGGAGUUCCCCUCCAAAUUGUUUUUCUUCUGUGAAGUAGAGCCUGGAAGUGGUGGAGAAACUCCUAUAGUACUUAGCCACAUUGUCUACGAAAGAAUGAAAGAGAAAUACCCAGAAUUCGUUGAACGACUGGAAGAGCAUGGCUUGUUGUAUACGCGGGUAUUGGGCGAAGACGAUGACCCUUCAUCUCCAAUCGGACGUGGGUGGAAGUCUACUUUCUUGACCGAAGACAAGAGUGUGGCUGAGCAAAGGGCUGCUAAGUUGGGAAUGACUAUGGAAUGGCUAGAGGAUGCAGUGAAGACAAUAAUGGGUCCAAUUCCAGCUAUCAAAUAUGACAAGACAAGACAGCGCAAGAUUUGGUUUAACAGCAUGGUUGCCGCUUAUACAGGCUGGGAGGACGCAAGGAAUGAUCCUGUGAAAGCUGUUACCUUUGGGGAUGGCAAGCCUUUGCCUGCUGAUAUCAUCUAUGACUGUCUUAACAUCCUUGAAGAGGAAUCUGUAGUCUUUCCUUGGCAGAGAGGUGAUGUUCUUUUGCUUGACAAUUGGGCUGUUCUUCACUCUCGAAAAUCAUUCAAUCCACCUCGCCGUAUACUAGCUUCACUUUGCAAGUAGGUUUUUUGGUUGUAUGAAACUAUAUGCUCCUUUUGGGCUAUGUAAUGAAGAAGUGUAUAAAUAAAAGGGUUACGAUCGCACACCGUAUACGUGCAAUUUAAGCCA